AUGAUUCAACAUCCUGGAAUCAAGAAUGAAACAGCAAUUAUUUUGAAAGGACUUCAGGGAACAGGUAAAAACAGAUUUACAGACAUUAUUUCUGAACUUCUCGCUGGUUAUUCAUGUAAAAACAUUACUGAAAUAAGUGAGCUAACGGGUAAUUUCAAUUCGGUUGUUGAGAAUAAAAUGUUUCUUGUACUUAAUGAACUCAAGAAUGUUGGUGAAGAUAGACUCGCAAACUUCAACGCUUUGAAAUCAAUUAUUACGGAUAAUCAAAUUAGAAUUAAUGAAAAGAAUCAACCCAGAAGAACUGCUCAGAACGUUGCAAACUUCAUUUUCGUAACUAACAACGUCUACCCUGUCAAAAUUGAUGUUGGAGACAGAAGAUACGUAGUUUUAAGGGUUAAUGGUAAAUUCAAGGGUCAAUUUGAUUACUUCAAGAAUUUAAUGGAUUCAUGCACAAAGGAAUUUUAUGAUAAUUUACUGACGUAUUUUAUGCAAUAUGACCUUUCAUCAUUUAAUGUACGAAUCAUACCGAUGACUGAAGCCAAACAAGAUUUAAUAGAAUUAUCAUCAAAUCCUUUAGAUGUAUGGAUAAAUACACAUUAUGAUGAAUUGUGUGCAGGUAUGACGUGUGAAAAUGCUCUAUUCUGCAAACCAUCAGACAUGAAAGACAAGAAUUUCCAAAUGAGUAUUAAGGAUAAAUGUGAUAGGAAACAUAGAAGAAUAGACGGUAAACAAACAUGGUGUUAUGUUUUGAAAGAAGAAAUGAAAGGAUUAUAUAAACAGGUUGAACCAAACGAUAAUGAUGAUUCAUUUACUGACGAUGAAAUACCUGUAAAUGAAGCUUUAUAA